AUGGGAUCAAGCGGUUCAACUCUCUUGCCGGCACCAGACGACCGAUUACUAAAAAGUAUCAAAAUCUUAGAUCUGAGCAACACCGAUCUGGCGAAGGUGUUCCGGUUGUUCUGCAAGUAUGACACUGCACAGCGAGGAUGCCUCAGCCUCGCAAACGUGUACAAGAUGAUCGGGGAAAAAAAAUCCAUCUUUGGAGAUAGCUUAUAUGAACUCAUCGGUAUCCGGGACUUCCAGGAGCUGACGUUUUCGGAGUGGCUGGAUGCAAUCACGACAUUUUGUCUCUUCGAGGAGGAAGAAAUCCUGCGGUUUUGCUUCUUCAUCCUAGACCGAGAGAAGAACGGCUACAUUGAAAAAGAGGAGAUGCGAAUGCUAGUAAACAUGCUCUACAACAUUGACCCCGUGAAGGGGCCCACCGGGAACACUAAAGUGGCCUUCGACAAGCUCUCCGUGCAGCAAGAUGGGAAGAUCGAGUUCUGGGAGUUUGAGCUGUUCAACAAGGCGUUUCCGUCGCUACUUUUUCCGGCUUUCCGGCUCCAGUCAACCAAUCCCCCGGCUGCGUUGACUCAAACGAAGGUAAAGAUGAUGCAAGCAGUGUGGGGCGAAGCUUGGUGGGGCCGAAAGAAAAGAAAGGUCCAAGACAGGCUCGAGCUAAGGCGGAAGCACGAGGAGGAGGACCGGCUGGCCGAUGCCAACCGGCUAGAGGCCAUGCGGCAGCGGCGCAUCAAGAGCAAGAUGGGCGCCUGCAAGUACUUCUGCUGGCCGUGCGGGCGGGCCGAGUACGACAAAAUGUUUCCCAGGACCAACGUUGUCGUGGCCGACCCCGGGGCGGACGAAGCCGAGCGCUUGCGAAAGGUGCUUCGUAUGAUUCCGCCAGAAGACGUCAACAUGCGUGAGGAUAGAAAACGUGGGGGCCCCGCCUACAUAACGCCAGCGCAAGCGGAGGAGAAAGCAAGGCUACAGCGAGAGAUGGAGGCGCGGUAUCUCAACUAUGAAACCCAGGAGUACAAGAAGUUCAGGGAGAAGCUAGACGCCAAGAAGGAGAAGGAAAAGAACCAGCGGGACAAAAAGCCCAAGGCUGAGAGCCGUCGGUCGGUGAAGCGAGAAAAUAACGCGGACGAGAGACGGUUAAGGCUGGAAAAUCGCAGAGUCAAGAACGGGAGGUUGCCUCCUGUGGGCGGAGCAUUCGGGUAAACAUCAGUUUGAGCUUCAUGGUGUUGAUUGAGUCAGCAGCAGAAACUUAUCCGGUUGUGAAAUGCGCACAUUGAAAAACACGCCGUGCGUUGACCACAAAAAACGGGCCCGUUGCAGACGGGCCCGCAAACAGUGGUACCCCGAUUGUGCUAAAACAAUUCUGCAUGGAGCACGCGCAAGGCAAAACAGGGUGCGGCAACACACCGGCAAAACAAGGGUCGAACUCUGUGUUGUUUGUGCUGCUGGACGCUUUCCCGGGAACGGCAACCAACAUCACGCAUGCACAAACUUCGCCAACUUUUGUGGAGCAGCGCUUGACCCGCUGCACACGUCUGAACAUGCCUAAAACACUUGCGACCUAUUCCGGCCAACAAAUCUCCUGGCACGACGUACGACCGCAACUCACGGCAAAAGUCCGGGACCUUACAAGAGGCUCAAAAACGUCAUCGAGUAUACCACGGUUGGCACGCUCACUUUCAAUUUCACUCAGUUUCUCCCAUUGUCGUAAAGCCCGUCGCUAGCCCUUCCCAUCCCCGUCCCGAUCGCCGCGCCUGCUCUUUUUCGGUUCCUCGCCGCCUCCGUCAUCGCUCCUGGCAAACCUUACCCUAGGCCUCUUCUUCCCACCUGA